AUGGAUAUCGCGCUGGCAAACCUCCCUUACUACAUCUUCAGUGACAUCAUCUUAUACCUCCCUCCCAUACAGGUCCUCAGGUGCCGGCGCAUUUCUCGCAUCAUUCACGAGGCCCUUACGAGAGACGAGCUCUGCAUCACGCUCAUCUUGAAGCAUUUCCCGCGCGCGCUAGAAGGCCGGCGACUCAGGCAGCUUCUGGAAGCCGACGAAGCGGAAUCGCUGGACCGAGGGGACUGGGCUGUCGCGUUUGCGCGGCUGACGAGGCGGUAUCAUCAUCUGGGCCGGGCAGAGCCCUGGAAGAAGAUCAAGGUGCCGGUGCUGAGAGAUGCAAAGCUGCUUCAGGGCGUGGCGACGUGGAAUCGGCUCCUGAGCCUGGCCAACAGGAACACGCUCUUUCACUACCAGGAUCCGGUAUGGACGGUGGCACCGACAGAGGGGCUGCUGGUCUAUCCGGCGCCGAAGACGGACCACUCCAAGCCGGAGUACCGGGCCCGGGAUCUGGCGACUGGGGUGGAGGUCAGGGUUCCGUUUGGGCUAAAGGGCAAGAUUGUGAGGCGGCUGCGCAUCAGCCAUGGCAUUCUUGCGAUUGAGUGGUGUCUGAACACUCCGAGGAAACCCGUCGGCGUCACUGGAGAGUUUCAUAACCACUAUGCAACCUUUUACGACGUCCGUCGGACUGGAUCUUGGGACGGCAUCAUUCCUCAGCGGCCUGCUCUCGACGGCACUACGCCGACUUACACCUGGAAGAUCAAGUUUCGCUGUGAAUUUUUGAUUUAUCCUUUUGGCCUUCCGGUGAACUCCGUAGAUCGCUUCUUCUCAGCGCACAACGCUACUCACUAUGCCGUUUACACAUGGCAGGCCACGCGCUUUCCCCAUCCUACUUUGAACAACACUGCAGAGCCCAUUGAGCGGCUCACAAUAUGGGAGAUUGGCGCCCCUUCGAAAUACAGACCGUCUGACAAUGUAUUUGGCAUCGCGCGACAAGAUGCAACUGUGGGCCCCCGCAUCAUUCGCAGCCUGGCAGGGUCUCAACUUGAGGCAUGGUCCGUUCUACAAGGCACAAGACCUUCGUUGCGCACAUUGGCUCUGGACGACUGUACCUGGGAUGCAUCCAGGAGCACUGCCUGCGGCCACGUCUUCUUCUCAGAGGAGGAACACAGAUGGUCUUCAGGCGGACACAGCUCCGAGCGUCUACCGCGUUUCCACCUCGUCAAGACGACGGGGAUACCGCUGAUCGGCGAGGGGCCAAGGUGGGUGGAUGAGUGUCGAGGGGGAACCGAAGCCAAUAUACAACCCUCUCGCAGAAGCAGAUGGAGAAUACAUGCAACCGAGACAUACGAGGAGGAGGACAGCGACUAUGAAGACGAUGGCGAGAAUGCCGCCGGGGGCAACAGAGACGGCAGCAGCAGCGGCACAACUGUCACGAAUACAACCGCAGCAAAUUCGUUUCUCGAAACAAGACCCUGGGCCAGGCACGCGGAAACAUGGCCCGGUCGAGCUCCUUGCUGGCGCCAUAUCGAGUUUCCCUACCUGACAAUGUCCGAAGUUUUGGACAUCCCUGCCGGCAUUCGCAUCGUUGCGCGAAAUUGCUUUAUGCUAGCUGUCAUCUCUUCCUUUCCAAUGGAUAAGAUCUAUAUCCAGGGCGUCAACAAAGAGGGCCCUAUACACCGAAAGAGAAGGAGAAAAAGAAAUGUUAAGGGGUUGAGUGAGGGCUCGAGGCACUCCGGCUCCAGCUCCAGCUCAAACUCGCCAUUUUCCCAUCAAAGUGACCAAUUGGCCGAUGUGAUGCAGAGCCAGGGCAGGGAGGAGGUCCUCCAGACGGAUGUUCCAUUCGGAGUGAAGAUGUGGCCUCAGAUCAUGUGCAGGGGAAGCAUCUUUGGCGAUGAGCGGUGGCUCCUUGGGGAGACUCCUCGUGGAGACGUGCUGAUUCUCGUCUUCUAAAUCGUUUGAGAGGGGAAGCACGCAAGAGCGAUUAAAUGAAUUGUGAAACAACUAUUGAUAACAAAACACUCGUUGGAUAAUAAUGCAAGAUACAAUCAGUGGUAAGGGCAGCAGCAACAGUAGUAGCAACUAGAGACCUAAUCCGUCACCUUCUCCAUGGGACGGAUACAAAGGUAGAUGGCGAAACUAGAGAGCAUCACGUUAAAACGCACGUCUCAUGCUUUUUCUUGGUCACGUUCCACCCCGAAAACCCCACAUUAACCCAGCCGCAUUAACGUUCUCAGUUCAUCUGUGGCGUCACAAACUCGUAUGUUAGGGGGGGAUCGAGGGAAUUUUAAUCUGAAUGCCCUGAAUUCCCCUGGUUUUUCUCCGAUCGUUUCCAUUUCAUUAGGCAAGGUACCAUUCUACAUGCUUCUGGCUGUAUCUACACCGAUUCCCGAGCUCGUGUAUGUAUAACAACUAUAAAAAAGACAAUGAAGCAGUUUACAAAAAUGAACUUACAUAUAUUCUCCUCGCCUUGUCGUGGUCAAGCAAAAAAACAAAAAAACAAUAACGACAAGUGCCAUGAACGAUUGGGGAGAGAUGUCAGAAUAUCCCCCCAUAUGACAAAAACAGAAAAAAAAAAAAGCAGUGAGAGUUCCUUUUUCCGAGCUUCUUUUGAUAUUCCUCCUCUUUGUUUCAUUUCAUUCCCUUUUUUCCCCAAUCUCAUAUAUUUAUAUAUCAAUAUUUUCCGUCUCUCCAGAGAGCAACCAAUUCUCCUAGAAAAUGCAACCUCAUUUACUCUUUGUUUGGGGAUUGCACGCUAGGAGAUCGCAUGCUAGGAGAUCGCACACUGGGAGAUCGCAUGGCUGGGGCUUGCAAAAACCCGCCAUAAUAAGAAUCCAACCACGCCGCCGCCUGCUCGCCAGCCUCGUCAACGUUUGUGUCCCAGCGGCCGACGGAGCCAACGUAGCCGUCGGGACGGACAUUGACGAUGGCGACCUCGCUGGGGCCGAGGCUUCCAAGCCACUUCUCCGUGCAGAAAGCGCCUCUUGUGUCUAGCUCGGGGACGUUGUCUAGAUAAAACGUCCACCGGCUGUCCUGCAACAGCGCUGGCAGGUCUGAGAUUUCAAUUUCAGACUUGGGCAUGGUGG